UCUCUCUUUCUCUCUCCACUAUAUUGUUUUUUUUUUUGCUUUUUUGCUAAAUUUUAUUCUUAUAAUAAUUUCGUUUUUCCAAUCUGCAAAAAUUUAUCUAUGUCUGUUCCUUCUGCUCCCUCUUCUCAGUACCUGCAAAUGGAGGAAGAAGAAUCAUACUUUGAAACCCUUGUUCUCAUUUGAUUCCCCUCCUUCCUCUUCCUCUCUCUCCUCUCUCUCCUCUCUCUCUCUCUCUCUCUCUUCUCUCUUUUUCUCUGAUUCGUGUGAUUCCACACUUAUUAUUCCUCAUCUCCUCUCCCGUUAGCUGUUUUGUUAAAUUUUACUUGAAAAGGAGAGGAACUGUGUCACUUCAAGCUAUAAUUUUUCAAAACUUUCCUUUUAAUGGGUUUACUUGUUUUGUUGUAAUCUGAUUAAAUAUAGAAACUUUUGGUUUGUGCUUUUUUUCUUGUCUCCUUGCUCUCCUCUAAGAAGCUUUUUUUUUUUCAAUGGAAUUUGACUUGAAUACUGAGAUUGCGGAGGUGGAGGAAGAGGAGAAUGAUGAUGUAGGAGUAAGGAUUGACAAGGCUAGGCUUGGGAUUUCACCGUCAUCUUCUUCUUCAUGCUCUUCCGGAUCAUCAUCGUCAUCCUCUUCCACAGGCUCUGCCUCUUCCAUAUACUCUGAGCUGUGGCAUGCUUGUGCGGGUCCUCUCACUUCUCUUCCCAUCAAAGGCAAUGUAGUUGUGUAUUUCCCACAAGGUCAUUUGGAGCAAGAUGCUAUGGUUUCUUUUCCAUCUCCUCUUGAAAUCCCCAAAUUUGACCUUAAUCCCCAAAUCUUCUGCAGGGUGGUUAAUGUCCAAUUGCUUGCUAAUAAGGAAACGGAUGAGGUCUACACUCAAGUCACUCUGCUUCCACUGCAAGAGUUUUCCAUGCUAAACCCGGAGGGGAAAGAGGUCAGGGAGUUAGGAGGGGACGAAGAGCGGAACGGAAGCUCAACCGUUAAACGAACGCCUCAUAUGUUCUGUAAAACCUUGACAGCUUCAGAUACAAGCACACAUGGAGGCUUCUCUGUACCUAGAAGAGCUGCUGAAGAUUGUUUCGCUCCUCUUGAUUACAAACAACAAAGGCCAUCUCAAGAACUCAUUGCAAAGGACCUCCAUGGAGUAGAGUGGAAGUUUCGCCAUAUCUAUAGAGGUCAACCAAGGAGGCAUCUACUCACCACUGGUUGGAGUAUAUUCGUCAGUCAAAAGAAUCUCGUCUCUGGUGAUGCGGUUCUCUUUCUGAGAGACGAAGAUGGAGAGCUGAGAUUAGGAAUCAGAAGAGCAGCACGGCCAAGAAAUGGACUUCCUGAUUCAGUCAUUGAGAAGAAUUCAUGCUCAAACAUCCUGUCUCCUGUGGCCAAUGCUGUAUCUACAAAAAGCAUGUUUCAUGUGUUUUAUAGUCCACGUGCAACGCAUGCAGAGUUUGUGAUUCCUUAUGAGAAGUAUGUAACUACCAUCAGGAAUCCCGUUUGCAUAGGCACAAGAUUCAGAAUGCGAUUUGAAAUGGACGAUUCUCCUGAGAGAAGAUGUGCUGGUGUAGUGACUGGAGUCUGUGACUUGGACCCGUAUAGGUGGCCAAACUCUAAAUGGAGGUGCUUUUUGGUGAGGUGGGAUGAGUCUUUUGUGAGCGAUCACCAAGAAAGAGUUUCACCUUGGGAGAUUGAUCCCUCGGUUUCUCUCCCACACUUGAGUAUUCAGUCAUCUCCAAGGCCUAAAAGGCCAUGGGCAGGUGUACUGGAUACUACUCCACCUAGAAAACCCAUAACCGAAAGGGGUGGUUUUUUGGACUUUGAGGAGUCGGUUAGACCCUCUAAGGUCUUGCAAGGUCAAGAAAAUAUAGGUUCUGCAUCACCCUCUCAAGGGUUUGAUGUUUUGAACCGCCGGAUCCUGGAUUUUGCGAUGCAGUCUCAUGCAAAUCCAGUUCUUUUGUCUAGUAGAGUGAAGGAUCGAUUUGGUGAGUUUGUGGAUGCUACGGCUAUAGACCCUGCCUGUUCAGGCGUUAUGGACCUGGAUAGGUUUCCAAGGGUCUUGCAAGGUCAAGAAAUUUGCUCGCUUAAGUCAUUCCCGCAAUUUGCUGGUUUCACUCCAGCUGCUACUUCAGGAAAGCCUACUCUUGGAUAUACCGAUCCCUUUGCUCGUCAAGCCAAUAAGUCAAGUUUCUAUCCACUAGCUUUACAUGGGAUUAGGAGCACUCAUGUUCCAUAUCAGAAUCCAUACAAUGCGGGAAACCAAUCCUCGGGCCGCCCUUCUCGUGCAAUAAACUUUGGUGAAGAGACUAGAAAGUCUGAUGCACUAAAUGAAAGUGGUCUACCGAAUAAUGUUACAGCUGAUUUGCCAUUCAAGAUUGAUAUGAUGGGGAAACAAAAAGGUGGGGAAUUUAAUAUGAAUGUUUCAUCAGGAUGUAAGCUUUUCGGAUUCUCCUUACCUGUGGAGACACCUACACCUAACCCACAAGGCUCGAGCAAAAGGAUCUGCACAAAGGUUCACAAGCAAGGAAGCCAAGUGGGGAGAGCUAUUGAUUUAUCCCGUCUAAACGGGUAUGAUGAUCUCCUUACAGAGCUUGAACGGUUGUUCAACAUGGAAGGGCUUCUCAGGGAUCCUGAAAAAGGAUGGAGGAUCUUAUAUACUGAUAGUGAGAACGAUAUGAUGGUCGUUGGCGAUGAUCCAUGGCAUGAUUUCUGCAAUGUGGUGUGGAAGAUACACUUGUACACGAAAGAGGAGGUGGAGAAUGCAAAUGAUGAUAACAAGAGUUGUUUAGAACAAGCUGCUCUAAUGAUGGAAGCAUCAAAGUCAUCUUCUGUGAGCCAGCCUGAUUCUUCUCCUACAGUCACUAGGGUUUGAUUAUAAACAACCCACAAAGAAGUUUAUUUCCUUUUGCUCUUUUAAGUGUGUUUUGCUGACAAUAGACAUGAACGAAGUUUGAAUCUGUCUCCGUCUUUGUUUGUGUUAUACUUAUUGUCUCUAUGGUUUCGGACCGUUUUACUCUAAAAGAUUUCUGAGUUUUAUAUUUGCGGUUUUGAAUUUGCGAGUAAAGCGUGGUGCAUUGGA